AUGGUAACUGGCACCGUGGAACGAACCCUGUACCAAUUUCUUCCUGGACCACUUACCAUUCGGGUAGUUGUACCACCCCCCGAAAGGCUCGGAAUGGGCUUGGCCGUAACAAACUCGCCUGUGGCAGGCCCCCCUCCUUACCAAGAGAACCAAGAGAUAGCACCUGAAGUGUCUAUGUCAUGGAACCUACAAUUCAACUUCGGCUCGGAUCCAAGGCAGAUUGCUGCAGGGUUUCCUAUUGAGCAUCUCUCGGUAAAGGGAAUAUACUCUGUCCUUGGGUUCGAUAGCUUAGAUGAGGAGAGUGUUGUCUACAAUUUUGAGUUAGGUUCUCCUGUGGAGAACGUGAAUGUCAUCUUGGAUGACACCCCCUUGAAAGGACUUUGGCCGUGGCCGCGAGAGGAGAAGGGCCAAGAGCAGGAAACACAGGAUGACGCCGAAGACGAGAAUUAA